CCACCGAUACCGGAUCCCGAGGCGCACGUAAUCGGCGUGACACCGGCGUGGCGCGGCGCCGAGAGAGAGAGAAUUUGGCGGUCACGAUCCUGCGCACCCCACGCGACCACCGAUUGAUCCACGUGCGAAGACAGUGACAAAAGUACGCGCGUGCUACGUGUGUGCGUCCGAUACUCCGCUAACGCCGCCCGUCAUUGUCGAGUCCGGCGAUCGGACGGCAGCCGCGCAGCCCGGGAUCGUCCCGGAAUCGUCCUCGACGGACGGCCAAUCGCAUUCGAAGCCGGUCUACUACACUCGGUUGGUAAAAAAGCCCGAGCGGCUCCGAUACGUCGAGGGAAUUCCUACGUCGGCCCAGAACGAGGGGGAGGGAGAAAGGGAGAGAGAGCGAGGGAGAAAAACGGAGUGAGACACCGGAGCGGCCCGUUCCGAGGGAGAGAGGGUAGCGCCUGAAGAGAGAAAGACGCAGGAAGCGGACGCGCGCGGCGCGUUGCGGGGAAAAGAGAUAGAGAGAACGCAGAUAGAGCGUAGGGAAGGGAAGGGGACGGCUCGCUUAGAAGGCUAGGUAUCGGGAGACGACGGGGAAAGCUAGUGCUUCACCACCCGCACGAGUUUCCCUUGGACAUUCGUCCGUAGCAAUUCGCGGCGUGUUUUCUUCCCUCUCCGAGUGCGAGUGAACUACGGUUGGACGGUGCCCGUCGUCAUCAGUUAUCCUCGUCGUCGUUGCCGGUCGUUAUCGUCGUUACCGCCAUCGUCAUUAUCAUCAUCGCCGUCGCCGCCGUCGCCGUCGCCGCUGUCGUCGUCGUCGUCGUCGUCCGUCGCCGUCGUCGUCGUCGUCGUCGACUUGAUACAAUCGUCAUUUAUCCGUGACGUAAAUCGCGUCGUCACAGAGUCUCCUAAGAAGGAGGGAACGGCGUGCUCGAAGGAGGGAGUAAAACGCGGGACGGAAGUCGGAAGAGAGCCAAAGAGGAAAGGAAGAGGGAGAGAGAGUGAGGAAGUGCGUGCGUCGUAAUCGGCGAGGAGGAGAGAUUACGGCAACCCGAAAUCAUUCGCCGAGAUAUAUCGUGUGUGUCGCCACGACACGUAAGCCGUGCCGCUCCUCAUUCCGGAGCGGAUCUGUCGAGGAGGGCGUUAAGGGCGAAAGUGCACCGGUACCUUUUUUUCUACGCUUGUCUUCCCUCCCUCUCUCUCCGCACCUCGGUGGCGCGGGAGAUCAGCCAGUGUUUUAGUGCCAGUGUUUAAAGUCUACCUCAGUCGGCGGCUUGCGGCCGAUAAAGCAGUUUAACAAAAGCAUAUUUAACAGAGAGAGAAAAAGAAAAUUAAUACGUGUGUACAUAUAUAUAUAUAUACAAGGAGACAAGUGUAAGCGCGUAAUCGUCGCUUCAUUUUGUGCGCGAGUUUUGCAACAGAGAGCAAAGUUAUUAUCGUAAACAUGUCUUUGGAUAAGUUCGCGGAAGGCGGUAUGCUGCAGAAGGAGAUGGAGCGUCUGGAGAUCGAGGAGAAGAACGGUGAUAGUCCGAGCAGCAGCGGAGUCGCUAAAGUCCUCGUGAGCAAUCUACCGAUCCAAAUACGACCAGAGGAGCUGGACCAGCUGUUUUCCAACUACGGCCAGGUUCAGAGCAUCGAAAAAGUGCCGUCGCGGGACCCAAAUACACAGAGCGUACUCAUUAGCUAUGAGACGCAAGAACAAGUACAGCAGGCUGUGAACCAGUUAAAUGGCUACGACCUCGACGGCAAUCCGCUGAAAGUGGAGAUGUCCUCGGCGGAGAGCCGGCGCAGGGGCCGGAGCCAGCGCGGCAGUGGCGCGGUCUUCUCCGGGCUGCCGGGAUCUGGUCGCCAGACCGAUUUUCCGCUACGUAUCCUUGUCCAGUCUGACAUGGUAGGCGCGAUAAUCGGCCGACAGGGUUCCACCAUACGGCAGAUCACGCAGAUGACGCGCGCCCGCGUCGAUGUUCACCGCAAGGACAAUGUCGGAUCUCUGGAAAAAGCUAUCACUAUCUACGGCAAUCCCGAGAACUGUACCAACGCAUGUAAGAAGAUCCUGGAGGUCAUGCAACAAGAGGCCAACAAUACGAACAAGGGUGAGAUAACUUUGAAGAUCCUCGCGCACAACAAUCUCAUCGGUCGGAUUAUCGGUAAGGGCGGUAACACAAUCAAGAGAAUCAUGCAGGACACCGAUACAAAGAUCACCGUUAGCAGUAUCAACGACAUCAAUAGCUUCAACCUCGAACGCAUCAUCACGGUUAAGGGCACGAUCGAUAACAUGAGCAAAGCUGAGUCCAUGAUUUCCAGCAAGCUGCGUCAGAGCUACGAAAACGAUUUACAAGCUAUGGCUCCCCAAAGCAUGAUGUUCCCCGGCCUGCAUCCGAUGGCCAUGAUGUCCACCGCCGGCAUGGGCUACAGCUCCCGUGGACCCGGCCUCUACGGCUCGGGACCCGCCCCGUAUCCCUACCAGAGCAGCCUGCCUACUCAACAGGGCGUCCCCGCCAGUGAUACCCAGGAGACGACUUUCCUCUACAUUCCCAAUAACAGCGUCGGCGCCAUCAUCGGUACCAAGGGCUCCCACAUCCGUAACAUAAUCAGGUUCUCUGGCGCGAGCGUAAAGAUCGCUCCCCUUGAACAAGAUAAGCCGGCUGAGCAACAGACUGAGAGGAAGGUCACCAUCGUCGGCUCCCCGGAAUCUCAGUGGAAGGCCCAGUACUUGAUCUUUGAAAAGAUGCGGGAGGAGGGAUACGUCUCCGGCACUGAAGACGUUAGACUGACCAUCGAGAUCCUCGUGCCCAGUACUCAGGUUGGCCGAAUCAUCGGCAAAGGUGGUCAAAACGUGAGGGAGUUACAGCGCGUGACCGGUAGCGUUAUAAAAUUGUCAGAACAGCAAGCGACUCCUCCUUCAGCCGAAGAGGAAACAACUGUCCAUAUACUCGGUCCCUUCUUCUCCGUUCAGUCGGCACAAAGAAGAAUCCGCGCGAUGGUACUGCAAUCAGGCACGCCUGGUGGAACCGGUGGUGCUGGCUCACGCGCCGGUCGCGGUAGCAGCCAGGAAGGUGCCUCCCGUUCUAAAAGAGAUGGCAGCGCCACUUCCCAGGGCGGCACGACGUCGCAGUCCAGUUCCCAACAGCAAUCUGCCGGCUCGCCAUCGAGCCAACAGCAGCAACAGCCGCAGCCGCAGUCACCAUCAUCGCCGCAGUAACAUUAACAUCGAUGACACCGACCUGACGCGGACCGACGCCCAUCCGCUUCAUUCGCCGGAGUGGCCUCGUCGUCGCUUUGACAUUCUCUCUCGUCGAGAGGCUGAGCUUAUCGCGACCUUUUCUCGCGGGGCGCGCGCGACCCUCCCCGUCGGGGGAGGGCUUCGAACGAGGGUGCGCGACGCGCAGAUCGCGACGGGAAGACGUGCGGCAACGUUCUGAGAAUUAACUCGACCGAGAUCCAGCAAGUUUCGCGGACUCGUCGACACUGUGAGAUAAUUCUUGAUAGUAACAGUUUCCGUCGAACCUCGGGCUCCGUGGAUCAGGAACGAUCCACAAGUCCGAACUCGACGAAUCAAUAGGAAUUCUAGGAGCGCUCGGCGAGUCCACAAUUCGGAGAGUUAAUUCUGAGAAUUCGAACGAAGAAUUCGUAAUCCCAAAGAUUCUAAUUCCAAGACUUGACUGUUGUUGUAAGUCAAUCUGAAGAGUCAACGAGGCCUCGGGCCCUCCGUUCGGUUCGACACGGGCGCAUUUAUCGCGAUCGAUGUUAAUCACGUGCGAAUGGUUAAUUUAUCUUAGGUAAAGCGUUCUUGUCGACAAUGGGGACGCGCAUGUUGUGAAUGAUCAAUCGCAUUGGCAUUUGGUUGAAACGAUUGCGAUUCUCGCGAGUCGCGACUUGAACGCAAAGCACGGAAUGGUAGGCGAGAACUCGCGACCGAUCGGAGAGGCACCGAGUGUAUAUUAUCGAAUCUGGCUUUGUCCAGGCAGACACUGCCCAUACGCAAUCGCUGACUCUCACGACGAACUCCCGUUCUCAUUGACGAGGACUGUGACGUUUUCCCCCUUUGCUCUACGCGUCGCGUCUGCGUCCCGCUCGCGCGCGCACCCUCCCCCCCCGCGAUGGCGACGAAAAGCGACAAUUAACACACAGCCGCGCACGAUCCAAUUUCGCAGCGCUAACGAAACCACCGCCGCCGAUGAAACAGGACUCUUCGACGAGAAACAAACUGAUAUAAGAAAAAAAAAAUAGAAAAAGAAGAAAAACACACACAACCUUAUUACCUCAUUGCAUUACGGUUAAAGAUUUAAUACGAUAAAGGAAAGUGAAACGCGCGGGAGAAGCGAUAAACCGAUUAAUCUAAAAAAAAAAAAAAGAAAAAGUCUAUCUAAUAUUAAAGUUAAUAAUAUACAGAGAAGUUAAGUGACAAUUACAUAUUAUGUUAUAUCUGUUACUACUACUGCAACUAUUAUACUAUUAUUACUACCUACUACCUACCUACUACUAUUAUCGCUAUACUAUUUACUUACUUCUUACUAGUACUACAGGAGGAAAGCGGUUUUUCUUAAAAAAAAAAAGAAGAAAGCAAAAAAUACAGAUUAGGUACAGUUUUUUUAUACACACAAUUCAGAGACGUUGAACGAUAAUACGAGACUUAAAUAAUACCGAGACCGUGUACCGCGGAACGGCGACCCGUUGCCGGUCGUAGACAUAAGCCAGGAUGCCUCAGGAGGAGAAGAGAAUAGAAGCGACCCCCGCGCCCCACCCGCCCCUCCUCGCACGUAAUACCAAAGAAGCGACUAUGAGUUAUUUCGUAUUAGUGAAGUGAAAUGCGUCGUGUACGCUCUAUUCGCCUCAAGUUCCUCAUCAACAGCCACGAAAGUGAAAGAGGGAAAGAAAGAAAGAGAGAAAAGGAGAGAGGGAUCAGAUACGUGAAUGUGGGAGGGGAAAUCGACAAGCAGUCAUCAAGAUGUCGAAGACAACACCGACGAGACAUCAAGUCGCUUGGCACGAGUGAUUGAUGAUGAUAAAGAAGAAGAAGAAGAAGAAAGAGGGAGGAAACUGAAACAGGAGACGAAAGUCCGAUUGUGUAAUACCAUAUCGGUACGAUACGCGGAUGCCGUUUUGUGCCACGUUUUCAAAGAGCGUUAUUAAAGGACGUUUCUCGAACACACGGAGAGAAUGAAAAAGCGACUGUCGGUACGCAACGAAGAACAGCGAGGAAAGGAGAAAGCGAGAAAGAGAGAGAGAAAGAAAGCUAGACACAAAGGAAGUAAAAGAGAGACGGACGGCGAGCGAAGGAGGGGACAUAAGGAACAAAAAGUGAACCGAUAAAACUUUUCAGGGAUUUUUACUUUUACCAUGAAUGUAAUAAUGUGUGAGUGUGCGUGUGUUGAAUAAUAAUUAUUAAUUGAUAAGUAAUUUGAUUACUGAUUAGAAGUUAAACGGCGAGGAAAGGCGAAGGAAAGAGUAAGGGUGAAUCAGGCUUAACGCAAGAUAAGCAAAGAGAUGGAAGGGUGGUGAGAGGGAGAGUAGAGGGACGACGGGAGAGCGAAGUGUCGUGACGUUUAAUCGCGACAUUUACUCUCACCGCGGAUGGUGUGUCGCCGAGACGAGCGUCGAGACGGAGCCUCCGCGAGGCGUCCCUCCGACGAGCCUGCGAACCCCGUAAUUUUUGCAAAUUAUAGCUGUUAUAGGGGCGCGCAGAAUCAGCCGGGCGCGGAUAACCGCGGAGCGCACCUAUCUCGAUCUCGCAUCGAUAUCGCGACUGGCAGCGCGUAUAAUCGGCCAUUAUUAUCCCGCUGCACAGAGCCAGGAGAUUCCUUUCGUGAUCGAGGAUGAUCCGAGGAUAACGUGGAGACGUUUGGCGAGGCAAAACGAAAGAAAGAAGAAAGAAAACAGGACGCGAUUUCGCGUCGAAGUCGUUCUCCAACAGUGAUGUCGAAGGCGACCUUGCUCCAGCUGGUAUACUAGUGACCGAAUACGCGUCACAGUCGCUGCGUCGAGUUCUGAAGACAUUCCGAAGUGACGCUUUUAGAGCGAUAGGGGAAGAAAGAGAGAGAGAGAAAGAGAGGAAGAGAGAGAAAUUUCAGACGAUCGAUCGCGCGGCAGGUAGAUGAGGCGGAGGCAGCGAGACGGGGAACGCGAUGAAUCAAAUCAGAUUCGGAGUCGAGAAAACCGACCCUACAAAGCGGUCGUUAAGCAUGACCAAGGAAAUUCAACAAAUACAACGGACUAAUCAAUCACGGCGCACGGUCUCGCGCCGAUUGAAGCUCGAUCGUUCUCCAAGAUUCAAAUAAAUUUUAAAAAAAUUGAGAGAACUCUUAAAACGAAUGCCGAUCUCAUUCUCUCUCGUAAUUAUUUGGGCCAUCAAGUGAUUACCACUCGAGUUUAUUGUCCGGCAGAAAUGCGGGACUUACUUUUUACGAUCGAUCGACGAUUAUCGAGCUCGUCGGCGCGCAACCGAGGCGGCACCGGUAUCGGCACGUGGAACCCCAUCGGGGCGCCCACGUCUGGUGACACGACGGGCCCCACGGGCCCGCCGAUUUACACUCUCGGCGUUCGGUAUGCGUUUAGUACAAAGAUACAUGAGGUUAAGGAUAAAUAAGAUAAUCAAGAUUUAAAAGUGACAUGGAAAAAAUGAGAGGUGAAAGAAAAUUUAACAUCGUGUGCUUAAUCGAUCUUUAUUCCUUUUUUUUUUAUUUCUUUCGGAAAAGGCCAAAAAUUGAAUUUUUGGAGUGUGCGAAUAGUAUUUCGCGAGUGUUAAUCGAUAAGAACUUUUUGCAGCGAGAAAUGAAAACGCACAUUAUCUUAUCGCGCAUCUUCGAUUUUAAUUAUUAAAUGUGUGACUAAUCGAUGCGCGUCUUUUUCGAUAACAUUCAUUCUUACAGCCACAAAAAAGUGUUGUUAACUUUAAUUUACAAUUUUUAUUUCCUCCAAGCUUUGGAUUUAAAGAAAGAUGUGAACACCGAUGUGAGCUUUUAAAUGAAUCUAAUUUCUCAUCGUCGAUUAUUCAUUCAUCCUUGAUUAUUAAUCAAGUUUGCGAUUUCCAUAAACAUUGGUUAACGCUGAUCACAGUUUAUAAUAGAUCUAAAUACAUCAAGAAGCUAAAAGUCAGAGUUAAGACCUCAGGACUUAAAUUUGAUGUUUAACCACAGAAUAAAAUUCACUUGCACAUAAAUAACUAAUUUAAUUCUCGGCUUUUCCGAAAAAUAAAAACUAAAGAUUGAUUAAACACCUUUUCUCUUUAAAAUCCUGAGGUCUUAAUUCUGUUUUAUAACCUCGGUCAACUUUAACUCGUGUUUAUGAAAGUGGAUAUAGAAGCUCGUAGACUCGAUUAAAUGUUUAUCUCUGUUUUUAGAUCUAAAGCUUAGAUGAAACAAGAAUUUUGUAUAAAUGAAGAUUAAACAUAACCGACAUAUUUGUGAUUGUGGGAACGAAACUGAAAGAAAAGUGAGGAUCAGGUUGUCACAUAUCUAAUGUCGAAUGCGCGACGAUAAUGCGAAUCUUCUUCUUUCCCGCUGCAUCGCGCAAGGAUGAAGCGCCGAACUAGCACACGAGUAAAGGAGAACAAAGAAAAGGAUAAAAAAAAUCGAAAAUAGAAUAAAAGAGGAAAACGAGUCUGAGAACGUAGAUUUAUUUUUGAUACAUUGUUGGGGAGACUCCAAGUGAAUCUUUCUUUUUCAUUUUUUUUGUUAGAUGUUUU